AUGCUCAAGCUUAACUCGUCUUUCCGUUCGCUCGCUUCGAGAUCGCUCUCUACUCGACAACUAUUCUAUGAGAAACGUGGCAAGCCGGAGAAGGUGGUUCAAUUGAGAACAAUUGAAUUGGCUGAUACUUUGGCACCGGAAGAGGUGCUAAUCGAGUGGCAGGCGGCUCCGAUCAACCCGGCCGAUAUUAAUCAGAUUCAAGGGACGUACGCAUUGAGACCAAGUUUGCCAGCUGCUGCUGGAUUGGAGGGAGCAGCUCGAGUGAGCAAGAUCGGUUCGGCUGUGAAAUCUGUGAAACCAGGUGAUCAGGUUCUCACAUCCUACGACAUCCCUGGAACAUGGACUGACUUUGGGAUCUACGAUCAGAAGCAUCUCAUCAAAAUUGAUAAUGAUCUUCCAAUCGAGCAUGCUGCUCUUUUCAAAGUGAAUCCACCCUCCGCGUAUCUCAUGUUAAAAGAGUACGCUCAGUUGAAUAAGGGUGACUGGGUGGUUCAGAACUGUGCCAACUUGGCAGCCGGAAAACAGGUCAUCCAGAUCGCUAGGAUUCUCGGAUUCAAAACUUUUAAUGUCAUUCGAAAUAGAGAAGAUUUGAGAGAACUGGUGAAAGAGAUGAAGGAUAUGGGAGCAGAUGAGGUUGUGACAGAAGAGGAGUUGUAUGAUAAAAAGAAGAAGAUCAAGAUGCCACGUGCCAAGCUGGCUUUGAAUGGAGUUGGUGGAAAGAGUUCUCUGUACUUGGCUACAGCUCUUGAAAGAGGCGGAUGUAUGGUGACGUACGGUGGAAUGAGUCGCCAGCCAACACAGGCCCCCACUGCUCCUCUCAUUUUCAAUGACAUUUCUCUCCGAGGAUUCUGGUUGAUGACGUGGAUUCGUGCACAGAAGGACGUGAGUGCUCUUCAGAAGAUGUAUGCAGAUCUUUCCGGUUGGAUGAAAAGCGGAGAAAUUGCUCCAAUUCCAAUGGUCAAACGAUCACUUGUUGAGCAUAAGGAAGCGCUUGCCGAGGCACAAGUCAAGUUCGACAAGAAGCAAGUGUUCUUCAUGAAGAAGCAGUAA